AUGCGAAGGAAAGCCGUAUUCCAACGUAUCAAGGGUGCAGAACUUUCAGAUGACGAGGCCAUGAUUUAUGCUAAGCUCCGUGAUGAUAUGGACAUUCUAAUCACAGAUUACCUAGGCGACGCACCGGAUUCGAUCCGGGAUCAGAUGAUGCGUCAUGAUCCCAAGUUUGCUACCUUUCACAGUGCUUACCAAAAUCACAACCUUCAAUUUGACAGCCAGAACGCAUUCCUAGAGGAGGAGAAACAGGUCCAGCUAUUCAAACUCUUUGCCCAUAUCAGUAUCUCGCGGGAUCCUCGCGCAGUGAGAGACAUGAUUCCCGAGGAUAUAUGGAGUAAUCUCCCACCAGACCCCGAGAUCAGCGAACUCGAAGCGCUACGUGCCGAACUCAAGGGCGGCCAGCAUCGACUUGUCAGUAACGAGCAUAAAGCCAAGAUCCGCCAGCUUACCUAUACCAUCUCUUUGAAACGUACAAAUCGCGAUAAGCUUAUUAUCAAGAAAUAUUACAAAGACUACUUCUAUAAUGGUCCUACCCGGGACAUUGAGCGGCAAGCCUGGGGGGAAGAGAAAGAUGAAUACGUAAAGCCAAAGCUGUAUCUAAACAUCCCCAAACGCGCUCGACUGGCUGAGCUGCUGUGCCAUCAACCAGAGCAUUGGAGCCAAGAACGGAUCUCAGAAGCUCGAGUUGAGGUUAUUGACCUAUACGCAGCUCUUUACAAGGUGAUGCACUAG